UUGUGUGCACAAAGACUCUGUGCUGUGCCACGGUGGGCCGGGCGUGGGGACACCCCUGUGAGAUGUGUCCAGCCCCAGCCUCACCCCUGCCGGCGAGGUUUCAUACCAAACCACCGCACUGGGGCAUGCCAAGAUGUGGACGAGUGCCAGGCCAUCCCUGGUCUCUGUCAAGGAGGAAACUGCAUCAACACUGUUGGUUCCUUUGAGUGUAAAUGCCCUGCAGGACACAAAUUCAACGAGGUCUCCCAGAAAUGUGAAGAUCUGGAUGAGUGUGCUAACAUCCCAGGGCUAUGCAGUGGAGGUGAGUGCUCCAAUACUGCUGGUAGCUACUUCUGCAAGUGUGCCCAGGGAUAUUACACGGCAGUGGAUGGCUCUAGAUGCAUAGAUGCCCGUAGUGGAUACUGCUAUGCCAGCCUGGUGAACGGUCGCUGUGCAAACCAAAACUCCCAGCCACUGACCAAGAUGCAGUGCUGCUGUGAUAGCGGUCGCUGCUGGUCUUAUGGGUCUACACCAGAGAUGUGCCCUAUUCAUGGAACAGAGGAGUACCAGAAGCUGUGCCUUCAGUUACCUAGUGGUGGUGGGGGGAUUCUAAUUCCUGGUCAGGUUCCAGGGGCGCCGCAGAUUCCCGGGAUCUAUCCAAAUCAUGGCCUAUUACCUGGUCAAACUCCUGGUCAAAUUCCUGGACAAAUUCCUCUACCCCUUCCAGGCCAGCUACCAGGCAUUGGUCCAGGCUUUCCACCUGUAGCUCCUCCGCCCCCAGGCCCAGUUAUUAUCCAAACCCAGAAUAUCACUAACAUGUGCCAGGCCUUCCGCAAUCUCUGCCUGAAUGGCAGAUGCAUUCCCACCCCAGGGAUUGUUGGAUACCGCUGUGAGUGCAACAUGGGAUUUAAACUGGAUACCCGUGGAGAGUGCAUCGAUGAUGAUGAGUGUGAGAGGAACCCCUGUGCACAUGGAGAGUGUGUCAACAACCCUGGCUCCUACAUUUGUCAAUGUCCUGCUGGAUUCCAGUCCACUGCCACCAGGACAGAGUGCAGAGAUCUGGACGAGUGUGUGGCCAAUGGGCGCAUCUGUAACAAUGGCCGUUGCGUGAACACCGAGGGUAGCUUCCACUGUGUCUGCAAUGCUGGUUUUGAGAUCUCCUCAGAUGGCAGAAACUGUCAAGAUCAGGACGAGUGUCUCAUCAGGAACAUGUGUUUGAAUGGAUUGUGUAUCAAUGAAGAUGGCAGCUUCAAAUGUAUCUGUAAAUCUGGCUUCCUACUAGACACAAGUGGACGCAUGUGUAUAGACAUUGAUGAGUGUGAGACUCCAGGCAUGUGCAUGAAUGGCCGCUGUGUCAACACAGAGGGCUCCUUCCGUUGUGAGUGUAUGCCUGGACUAGCUGUUGGGCUGGAUGGACGGGUCUGUGUUGACACACAUAUGCGCAGUUCAUGUUAUGGCGGGUACAGGCGGGGACAGUGUGUGCGACCUUUAUUUGGAGCUGUAACCAAAUCGGAGUGUUGCUGUGCCAGUACUGAGUAUGCCUUCGGAGAACCCUGCCAACCCUGCCCACCAAAAAGCUCUGCUGAGUUCCUGGCUCUUUGCACUAAUGACCUCGGCACAACCAGUGAUAACAGAGAUAUUAACGAGUGUGCCCUCGACCCUGACAUCUGCCAGAAUGGGGUGUGUGAAAACAUGCUGAGGACAUACAAAUGCAACUGUAAUGAAGGCUACGAGGUGGACGCAACAGGCAAAAACUGUGUUGAUAUUGAUGAGUGCCUGAUGAACAGGCUGUUGUGUGAAAAUGGUCGUUGUAGGAACACACCAGGCAGUUUCACCUGCCAGUGCCCCACAGGGUACCGCUUCGAUGCUGAGACGGAUGUCUGCGAGGAUGUUAAUGAGUGUGACUCCAGCCCGUGUGUGAAUGGGGAGUGUAUGAACAGCCCGGGGUCCUUUGUGUGUUUGUGUUCAUCGGGCAGUACACUGGACAGCUCUGGGUUGCAGUGUAAAGAAACCACAAAGGGUACGUGCUGGCUGAAGAUAGUUAAUGACCGCUGUGAGGUCAACAUCAAUGGUGCUACGCUGAAGUCCCACUGCUGUGCUACCUUGGGAGAGGCCUGGGGCAGCCCAUGUGCCAAAUGUGAACGAGAUCCAAUCUGUAGUAAGGGCUAUGCUAGAGUAACAGGGAAUACCUGUGAAGAUGUAAAUGAGUGUGAGGUGUUCCCUGGGGUGUGUAUCAAUGGGAAGUGUGUCAACACACAAGGCUCCUUUAUCUGUCAGUGUCCCCCUGGAAUGACUGUUGAUGCCAGUGGCAGGACAUGCAUCGACCUGCGAACAGAGCAGUGCUACCUGACCCAUGAGGAUGAGCGCUGUGGGACCCCUAUCCAAGGGAAGCACCGUGUGGAUGCCUGCUGCUGCUCAGUGGGGGUUGCUUGGGGUCCAGAAUGUGAUGAGUGUCCUCUGAAGGGUUCACCAGAGUAUAGCCAGCUCUGUCCUCGGGGCCCUGGCUUCUCACACAGGGGAGACUUCAUCAAUGGCAGGCCAUUCCUUAAAGAUAUUAACGAGUGCAGGAUGAUCAACAGCCUGUGCACCAAUGGAAGGUGUAGGAACACCAUCGGUAGCUUUCGUUGUCGUUGUGACAAUGGCUAUGCUCUUGAUGCGGACGAGAGGAACUGCACUGAUAUUGACGAAUGUCGAAUAUCUCCGGACCUGUGUGGACAGGGCACUUGUGUCAACACACCCGGAGACUUCGAGUGCGAGUGCUUCCAAGGUUAUGAGAGCGGUUUUAUGAUGAUGAAAAACUGUAUGGACAUUGAUGAGUGUGAACGGAACCCUCUGCUCUGCCGCGGAGGCGAGUGUGUGAACACAGAGGGCAGCUUCCAGUGUGUGUGUCCUGAUGGACAUGAGAUCGCCCCCGAUGGUUCGGCUUGUCUUGAUAUCAAUGAGUGUGAGUUGAGUGACAAAUUGUGCAGAAACGGCCAGUGUGUCAAUAUGAUCGGACGCUACCAGUGCACAUGUGACACAGGAUACAAAUCUACUGAAAACAGACUGGACUGUGUUGAUAUCGAUGAGUGUACCAUUGAGAAUGGUGGUUGUGAGACAUUCUGUACCAACUCGGAGGGCAGCUAUGAAUGCAGCUGCCAUAGUGGAUAUGCCCUGAUGCCAGAUCUGAGGAGCUGCACUGACAUCGAUGAGUGUGAAGAGAGCCCAGACAUCUGUGAUGGUGGCCAGUGUACCAACACCCCGGGGACGUUCCAGUGUCUCUGCUUUGAUGGCUUCAUGUCCUCUGAGGAUAUGAAGACUUGCCUGGAUGUGGAUGAAUGCGAGCUGAACCCUAACAUCUGUCUGAGCGGGAACUGUGAAAAUACUAAGGGUUCCUUCAUCUGUCACUGUGACCUUGGAUACUCUGUUCGCAAAGGAACCACGGGCUGCACAGAUAUCAAUGAAUGUGAGAUUGGAGCCCAUAACUGUGAUAGGCAUGCAACCUGUACCAACACCGCUGGCAGCUUUAAAUGCAACUGUGCUCCGGGGUGGAUUGGUAAUGGCCUCAAAUGCACAGAUCUGGAUGAAUGUUCCAAUGGCACCCACAUGUGCAGCAACAAUGCUGAUUGUCUGAACACCAUGGGCUCCUACCGCUGUGCAUGCAAGGAUGGAUUCUCUGGAGAUGGAUUCUAUUGCUCAGAUAGUGAUGAAUGCGCAGAGAACACCAACCUUUGUGAGAGUGGCCACUGCCUGAAUAUGCCUGGAGGAUACCGGUGCGAAUGUGACAUGGGAUUCAUCCCCACCCCUGACGGCAAGGCCUGUGAGGACAUAGAUGAAUGUACAUUUGCUGACAUCUGUGUCAAUGGGAGGUGCCAGAAUAUCCCAGGACUAUUUAGAUGCGAAUGUAACAUUGGCUAUGAACUGGACAGGAGCGGCGGCAACUGCACAGAUAUAAAUGAGUGUGCAGAUCCUACUAUCUGCAUUAAUGGAGUUUGUGUCAACAUCCCUGGCAGUUACCACUGUAACUGCCCGUCAGACUUUGAACUCAACCCGACCCGGGUUGGCUGUGUAGACACUCGCUCUGGAAGCUGCUACCUGGAUGUUCGCUCCCGAGGAGAUGCGUCAGAGAGCCUGGACUGCACCAAUGAGAUUGGCGUAGGAGUAUCCAAGGCAUCUUGCUGUUGCUCUCUGGGUCUGGGCUGGGGUACUCCAUGUGAAGCCUGCCCCUCAGUCAACUCAACUGAAUAUAGGACUCUGUGUCCUGGAGGAGAGGGAUUCAGGCCAAAUCCCAUCACGGUUAUUUUAGAGGACAUUGAUGAGUGCAGAGAGCUACCAGGCUUGUGCCAAGGAGGAAACUGUAUCAACACCUUUGGCAGCUUCCAGUGUGAAUGUCCAAAAGGCUAUGCACUCAACAUAGAAACUAGGGUCUGUGAAGAUGUGAAUGAGUGUGAGCAGCCUGGGAUCUGUGGUCCAGGUCAGUGCUACAACACCAUAGGGAACUACACCUGCAUCUGCCCUGUAGACUACAUGCAGGUCAAUGGAGGAAACAACUGCAUGGACAUGAGGAAGAGUUUCUGCUACAGGAACUUCUACUCUGACAAUGGAACUUGUGAUGGAGAGCUCAGUUUUAAUAUGACCAAAAAGAUGUGCUGCUGCUCCUACAACAUUGGCCGAGCGUGGAAUAAACCUUGCGAACAGUGUCCUAUCCCCAGCACCAGUGAGUUUUUCACCCUGUGUGGUAGUGAGAGACCAGGAUACCACAUUGACAUCUACACCGGACGGGUCAUUGAUAUUGAUGAGUGCAGGGAGACUCCAGGAGUUUGUGAGAAUGGAGUUUGUAUCAACAUGAUCGGCAGCUUCAGGUGUGAGUGCCCAAUAGGGUUUAUCUACAAUGACAAGCUGCUGGUCUGCGAAGAUAUUGAUGAGUGUCAGAAUGGUCCAGUCUGCCAGCAGAAUGCAGCCUGUCUGAACCUGCCAGGAAGCUACCGCUGCGAGUGCAAACCUGGCUACCGCUUCACCCCGACUGGUCAAUGUUUGGACCGUAAUGAAUGUAUUGAGAAUCCUGGUAUAUGUAACCCUGGUCAGUGCAUUGACACAUUGGGGAGCUACCGCUGUAUCUGCCCGAAUGGCUUUAAAGCAACCACAGAUCUGUCCAUGUGUAUUGAUGUGGACGAGUGUGAGAGACAACCAUGUGGCAAUGGGACCUGUAAGAACACAGUGGGCUCCUACAACUGCCUCUGCUACCCCGGCUUUCAGAAUUCACACAACAAUGACUGCAUAGACACUGACGAGUGUACCACCCAGAGGGGCCUAUGUAGGAAUGGGCAGUGUGUGAACACCCUGGGCACUUUCUUUUGCAUCUGCCGCGAAGGCUAUGAACUCACUGCAGAUGGCAGGCUGUGUGUGGAUAUCAACGAGUGUGCUGUGAACCCUGGGACGUGCGGUGCAGGGACCUGUGUGAAUCUGGAUGGUUCAUACAGGUGCAUCUGUCCACCUGGAUACUAUCUCCAUGAGGAGACUUGUGAAGAUAUUGACGAGUGCUCCCAGCUACCCGAGAUCUGUACGUUUGGCACCUGCUCCAACACCGAAGGAAGCUUCACCUGCUUAUGUCCCGAAGGCUUCCAGAUCUCUACCUCAGGACGCAGAUGUUUAGACAUCCGCAUGAACUACUGCUAUACAAAGUUUGAGAACGGUCGCUGCCUUGUUCCUAAGCCCGUCAACACCUCCAAGGAACAGUGCUGCUGUACAACCAUGCCUGGACAGGGCUGGGGGGACCCCUGUGAGAUCUGUCCCAGCAAGGAAGAAGAGGCUUACCGUCUUCUCUGUCCUAAUGAGGGAUAUGAAAUAGGCAUACAUGAUGACCCUGUGGAUAUUGAUGAGUGCCGCCUCGAGCCUUGCGUUAAUGGCCAGUGUAUCAACACAGACGGAUCCUUCCGCUGCGAAUGCCCAAUGGGCUACCAACUGGACACCAGUGGAGUCACUUGUGAAGACACUGACGAGUGUGACAUUGGCAACCCUUGUGGCAACGGCACAUGCACAAAUGUCAUCGGGGCGUUCGAAUGCGCAUGUAAUGAGGGCUUUGAACCAGGGCCAAUGAUGACCUGUGAAGACAUAAAUGAGUGUUCCCAGAAUCCACUCCUGUGUGCCUUCCGCUGCGUCAAUGUCGUGGGUUCCUACGAGUGUAAAUGUCCAACAGGCUACGUGCUGCGGGAGGAUAAGAGAAUGUGUAAAGACCACAAUGAGUGUGAGGACGGUAUAGAUGAUUGUGCCAGCAGAGGAAUGACCUGCAAGAACCUCAUUGGUACAUACAUGUGCAUAUGUUCUCCUGGAUACACACGCCAACCCAACGGAGAGGGCUGCAUUGAUCUGAAUGAAUGUGCAGCCAAGCCUGGCAUCUGUAAGAAUGGUCGUUGUGAGAACACAGUAGGAAGCUUCCGGUGUAGAUGUGACCAAGGGUUUGUCUCCAAUCCCACGCAGACAGAGUGUAUAGAUAACCGUGAGGGCUUCUGCUUUACGGAGGUACUGACAACUCUGUGUCAAAUGACAUCGAGCAACAGGAACUUGGUGACCAAGUCAGAGUGUUGCUGCGAUGGAGGCAGGGGCUGGGGUACGAACUGCGAGCUCUGCCCCUUACCCGGGACCACCCAGUACAAGAAGAUGUGUCCCUUGGGCCCUGGGUACACCACUGAUGGCCGAGAUAUCGAUGAGUGUCGAGUAAUGGGGAACCUGUGUAAAAAUGGCCAGUGUAUCAACACUUUGGGCUCCUACAGUUGCAUCUGCAAAACUGGCUACACCACUGACAUCACUGGCACUCUAUGUGUGGAUGUGGAUGAGUGCAUCCAGGCACCCAAACCUUGUAAUUUCAUCUGUAAGAAUACAGAGGGAGGCUACCUUUGCUCCUGCCCACGCGGAUACAUCCUACAAGAAGAUGGAAAGAGCUGCCGAGAUCUGGAUGAGUGUUCAACCAAGCAACAUAACUGUCAGUUCUUGUGUGUAAAUACCAUUGGUGGGUUCACCUGCAAAUGCCCUCCUGGCUUCACCCAGCAUCAUACUGCCUGCAUCGACAAUAAUGAAUGUGCUACAGACCCCAACCUCUGUGGUUCCAAUGGUGUCUGUCAGAACAGUCCAGGAAGUUUCAACUGUGACUGUCAGCGAGGAUUCUCACUAGAUAAUACUGGACAAAGCUGUGAAGAUAUGGAUGAGUGUGAUGGCAACCACAGGUGUCAGCAUGGCUGUCAGAACCUGGUAGGAGGAUACAGGUGCAGCUGUCCACAAGGAUACCUGCAGCACUACCAGUGGAAUCAGUGUGUGGAUGAGAAUGAAUGUCAGAACAGCCAGAUCUGUGGGGGAGCAUCUUGCCAUAACACCCUAGGGAGCUUCCGCUGCCUUUGCCCUACUGGCUUCAACUAUGAGCAGACCAGUGGAGGUUGUUCAGACAUCAACGAGUGCUCCACCAGCCAAAACCCCUGCAACUAUGGCUGCUCAAAUACUGAUGGGGGAUACCUCUGUGGCUGCCCACCUGGAUACUUCCGUGCAGGACAAGGGCACUGCAUCUCGGGUGUGGGCUUUGGUAGUGGUGGACAGGGAGGAGAGACAGAUGACAACUCUCUAUCUCCUGAGGCCUGCUACGAAUGUAAACUCAACGGCUACCCCAAGAAGGGACGCCAACGUCGCAGCACCAACACAACACUGGAGGACCCUCACGGUGACAUACAGGAGGUCAGCCUGGCCAGUGUGGAUAUUGAAGAUCCCCUGCUAUUCCACCUGAACAUCAGUGACUUAAGCAACCGCGACCACAUUCUGGAGUUCACUCCUGCCUUGUCCACCCUAAAUGACCAUGUGCGGUACACUAUCAACUAUGGAAAUGAAGAAGGUUACUUCAAGAUCAACCAGAGAGAGGGUUUAAGCUACCUGCAUCUGGCUAAGAAGAAGGCCCUUCCCCCGGGAGCCUACGACCUUCAGAUCGUCAGCGUACCCCUCUACAAGACGAAGGAGCUGGCUGAGCUGGAGGACAGACAUGACAAAGACUACCUCACAGGACAGCUGGGUGACAUUCUAAAGAUGAGGGUGCAGAUCAUCCUCCAUUAACCACCACAGGACUGAGACAGGCAGAUGUUACCUGCAGCUGCUAAUCCAUUGUCAGCCUCAAACUCCCCUGAAAGGUUAAACCUGAACCAUUAGGAGGGGAGAGGAAUCUCUGACUCUGGGUCAGCAGUUAGGGGCAACUUCUUCCUGCUCCCAAUAGCAAGAGGGGCUUGCCACCAAAGAGACAAGGGAGGAAUGGGGGACUGCAUCAUUUGAUUCCCAAAGAUGAUUCUACAUAUCAUAGAU